AUAAUUUAUUAUACAAUAAAUAAAACAAACAUAGUUGACAGCAAUGACGAAUUUAGAGAGAUCAUUUAAAUUUACUCAUCACGUUCCAUCGUGAUUAGUCUUUAAAAAUGGUAGUGCGCUCGCGAAGUGUCAACACAGUUUCUUGUUUCAAAUCUCAUUUAGAAGAUUUAAGAUGUGGUACGCGGCUUUAGUUAGGUUUAUCCGAAGAAGGCUCGUCUUAGGCAUAAUAUUUGCAUCUUCGCUGACUUACUGCAUCGUCAGUUUAUGGAGAGAGGGUGGAAGCAGGAACAUGGCAUACCAGGACAUCAUGAUUGAGAGGAAGCCGUUUGUGUGGCGAACACUACAGGAGCACAAUGAUACACUAGAUAAUAUUGUGUGCAGGAACUCCGUACAGGGGAAAACCUUCAUAGUUGAUGAUCGAGGCUAUGUAUGCAAAAGGAACCACAUGAACAAGAAUGGCUGCUGUGACCCAGACGCAGAGUCGACCAGGAGAUAUGGCUGUGACAGCUGCAAAGAAAACCAUUGCUGUGUUAUCUACGAGUUCUGUGUCUCGUGUUGCUUAGACCCGGGCAAGAGAGACAUGUUAGAAUUGGUGCUAUCAAAACUAUCAGCGGAGGAAAAUGUACUAUUCCGCUCACUCUCAGAUGACUACGAGUUGUGCUUGACCAAAUGCCGCACCAGCUCGCACAGCGUACAGCACGAGAACUCCUACAAGGACCCGACACACAAGCACUGCUUUGGGGACGAGCCUCCGGGAACUAGAAGCCCUGAUUAACAGUUGGUUAGCUUUACAACAGUGGUUCAUUUUGCUGUAUUUUACUCAUGAGGGUUUUUUGGCUGGGCUUUUAAU